GUUCUUUUUUCUUUUUUUCGUCGUUGAGCACUUUUAAUACGGUCGGGUAAAGUUGCUCUAACAAAAAAAAAAUUAAAGGGAAAUAAUACAACACAACUUCAAUAUUUAUUAGGGGUUAAUUUAUUUUUAUAUCUACAAAAUAACUCUUCAAAUUUAAACAACAAAAAAAAACCAACAACAACGGAUUUAAUCCACUAUAAUAUCAAAAAAAAAAUCACCAAACAAAACACACCACCUUUAAGGAUUAUUAAAAAACAAACUAAAAUAAUAUAGAACAAAAAUAACUGUAACUCUGAUUAAAAAUGUAUUGAAAUACAAAACUGUGUUAAAAAUAAAUCAUUUUAAAAAAAGCGUUUUUUCGCCUUUAAUUUAUUUUUGCAAAAAAAAGUUUUUAUAAAACGUAUUUAUUAUUGUUAAAUAACGUUUGUGCUUAACAAGUUAUACAAAUAAAAUGGGUCUUACUGAAAUACCAACUGGCUAUAUGGCUCAAAAUUCGGGUGGCCAUGUUAUGGUUAUGGAACAGCAUCAUCACCAUCAUCAUCAUGUGGAACAUCAUGACAAGGAUAAAAUGAGUAGUAAAAAGAAAAUGCAUUUGCUGAAAAAAAUCAAAAAACGUUUUGGAUUGGUACGUCGUUCACCAUCAUCUUGCCCUGGUCCCAACAACUUGCCACCCCUACAAUUUCACCACGUUCACGGCGACAACAUACGCAUUUCCCGCGAUGGUACACUGGCACGACGUUUCGAGAGUUUCUGUCGCGCCAUCACCUUUUCGGCCCGUCCCGUACGCAUUAACGAACGUAUUUGUGUGAAGUUUGCUGAAAUUUCCAAUAAUUGGAAUGGCGGCAUACGUUUCGGUUUCACCAGCAAUGAUCCCUCCACUUUGGAGGGCACACUACCCAAAUAUGCCUGUCCCGAUUUAACGAAUCGUCCUGGCUUCUGGGCUAAAGCUUUGCAUGAGCAAUACUGCGAGAAGGACAAUGUUCUGUACUACUAUGUCAAUUCGGCGGGAGAUGUUAUUUAUGGCAUCAACAAUGAGGAGAAGGGUGUGAUAUUGUCGGGUAUUGACACCAGAGGUUUACUAUGGACUAUUAUUGAUAUUUAUGGCAAUUGUACGGGUAUUGAGUUUUUGGAUGCUCGCAUUUAUAUGUAUCAACAGAGUGGUGGUGUGGGCAUGCCACCCGCUUUAAUGGCUCCCGGCAUGACGGGCACUUUGCCCGGUCCACAGAUGGCAGGCGGAGGUUUGAAUCCUCAUCAUCCUAAUCAACAGUCGAGAAGAUCCCUGCCAGCCGGCCAGUAUGAACAUGAAUUGGAGCGCACCGUUAUGACUUCUAUGCAGUCCCUUAAUUUGGCUGGCGAUCAAGUAGCGUUGGCUUCUGAUUUGGCCAAUGGCUUGCCCCCACUAAGAUAUAAUGCCAAUGGUCGUUUGAUACCCGUACCCUUUCACAUUACCAAAGGACGUAAUGUACGUUUAUCGCACGACCGCUUUAUAGCCUCACGCACGGAAAAUGAUUUCUGUCAAGGUUAUGUUUUCACUGCCCGUCCCAUCAGAAUAGGGGAGAAAAUAAUUGUGCAAAUACUGAAAACCGAACAAAUGUAUGUGGGAGCCUUGGCUUUGGGCUUGACCUCCUGCAAUCCAUCGGCCUUGCAGCCCGGAGAUUUGCCCAAUGAUUCUGAUUUCCUAUUAGAUCGUCCCGAAUACUGGGUGGUGAGCAAGGAUAUAGCAGCCGCCCCUCAAAGAGGUGAUGAGAUUGCCUUCUUUGUGGCGCCCAAUGGGGAAGUAACCAUCAGUAAAAAUAAUGGCCCAGCGGUAGUGGUGAUGCAUGUCGAUCAAUCUUUACAAUUGUGGGCCUUUUUGGAUGUCUAUGGUUCUACCCAGUCGGUGCGCAUGUUCCGUCAACAACUGCCCAAUAUGGUAAAUUAUCCGCCCUCGGCCGUGGCUGGCUCCUCGCAGCGCAUAGUCAACAUGCCCGUUUCCGAGUCAAUCAAUAGUCUGAAUAGUCAAAUCUCUGAGAAUCGCAAAAUCAUACACCCAUCCCAGUUGAAUGUAACACACGGCACUAUAAGCGCCUCCACCUCCACAUUGGCCUCGAUGCAAUCGACCAAUAAUCUGGCAGCCGGUACCAACUCAGGUAUAUUAAAUGGUACUUGCUCACCGCCCUCCGCCGGCGGUCGUAUGAUCAGUAUGCCCUCGAAUGGCGAAAUGAUACAAAUACAGCCGAACGGCGGCGGCACAGUGUUGGUUGUGAAUUUACCGCCUGCCACUUCAGCCAUGGAUUUGAAUAGUGCUUUGUCGGCCUCACAGGCACGCAUCCAACAGACUGCGAAUACAACGAACUCGAACUCGAAUGCUACAUGCUCAAGUGGUGCCAGCAGUAGUUCAAAUGUUAAUACACUAGUGGGAAAUAUUAAUAACGCACAAUUUAUGGAGCCUCAUACUGCCUCUUCUAUUGCCGCUAACAAUUGUGCCUCGGUAACCAGCAAUAAAUUAAUAGAUCACACCGAUUCAGCUGGUGCUGAAUGUACCAUUUGCUAUGAAAAUCAAAUUGAUUCAGUGCUGUAUAGUUGUGGUCAUAUGUGCAUGUGCUACGAUUGCGCCAUCGAACAAUGGCGCGGUGUGGGUGGCGGGCAAUGUCCUCUUUGCCGGGCCGUCAUUAGAGAUGUUAUACGCACUUAUACCACAUAAGUUUAAAAACUGAUUGAUUUAAUACUGAGAACGGAUUAAGUUAUUUUUAACAAAAAGAGAGUGAAAAAAAGACCUGAAUUGAGCGCAAAAAGGUUUUUUUUACUAAAACUAACGAGAUCCUAUGGAAACUUGAACAAACUUUUUUUUAUUAUUAGUUUUUAUUUAAUAAAAAUAAAAAACUCGCAAAGAAAUGAAAUUAAACCAGAUAAAAAUACUAAAAAUUAAUAGAAAUUAAACAAAAUUAUGGAAUAACACAACAAGUUUAUUUUUUGUUAUUUCUAUUCAAAAAAGAUAAAAAUUAAAAACACUCACAGCUUGAAGUAACAAGCUGUGUAACCUUUUUAAUACUAUAAAUAUGGACGAAAUUUAAAUUAUAUUUGAAUAUAUUUGCUUAGCUUAUUUAUAAGUAUUAUGUGAUUUUAUUAUAAUUGUAUUAUAGUUUUUAAAUUAAACACAAAACAAAAACCACAAAUUAUAUAUAAAAACUUGGAUUUAAUUGUAAUUUUUUUAUACACACUUAAAUGUUAAACGCAAACAAAUCAAGGCCUUUUAUUUAAUUUUAUAUGAAAUUUCGUUUUUAGGCAU